CUUUAUAACCGACGUUCGACCAUUGAGAAACUUACUCCGGAAGUCCAAUAUCCGUGAUUUCUUUUUCUAGUGAUGAAAAAUAGUUUUUAUUUUCCUGCCAUUUUUAGUUUACAGAAAAUGUUUAAAAUAAUUUGACUCUUUAGUACAAAUAAAUAUAAAUAAAAAUAAUAAAUUAUGAAAUACAUUUAAAAAUAACAAAAACAUUCUGAAACAGAAUUAUGGCAAAUCAACUUCAAGGAUCGGAUUCUAUGAAUAAAAAGAUAAUUUUAAAAAUAAACUCAGCAUAUGGAUUUGGUUUGGUCAAAGGAUCUAUUGUAAUUUAUGCAACAUUGAAGAACCAAACAUUACAAACAGCUAUAAUCCCGGUCAAUAAAAAUGAAUUGAAAUUUGCCUCAGAUAUUAUAUGGCACAUGGAUAAUGCUACAUUAAAAAAAUUAAAAAUGGAUAAUACAUCUAUAAGAGUUGAGUGCUUUCGUAUUCCAAUAGACAAAUCUAGUUCAAAUGAAAAGCUUGGUUACCUUUUAUUAAAAGUGAAAGGUGCACAAACUAUUAAUCCAACAUCCAAUGAUCGUAUCGAAAAUUUAUCAUACAAAUUAAUAGGAUCAAAAAACUGUAGUUAUGAUCUUAAUUUAUCAUUACUAAUUGAAGACUCAAAUGAUAAAGCUAUUGGAAAAUCACCUGAAAAAAUUAAAUACUCAAAAUGCAUAAAUAAUAAGAAUAAUGGUGAAACUUCUUUGAAAAAAAUAGAAGACAACAAACAUUAUGAAGAAAACAUUGAAGUUGAUUUACCAAAUCCUGAUGUAAAUAUUAUGUUAGAACAAAUAGAUAUUUCACCAGAAAACCAUGAAUACCAAAAUGAAUUACAUUUUGAUGUUGAUGUUCAACAAAAAAACAUUGAAGAAUUAGAAGAAUGGAAAGACAAACAAAUGAUAUUGUUUAAUGAAAAGAUGAAAACGAAAGAAGAACAACUGUUAAAAGAAUUUAAUAAUAAAUGGUCAAAUGAUAGAAAACGCAUUGAAGAGGAACUUGCCUAUGCUAUGUCAAAAUGUAAAGCAUUAGCUAAGGAUUUGGAUAAAAUGUCUGAUAAGUUAAAAGAAAGAGAUGCAAUUGUAACAGCUAAAGAACUAGAAUUAGCCUGUCAAAAAGAUAGUAUGGAUAAUAAAUAUAUUGGACUAAUGUCUUCAAAUGCACAAACAAGUAAUGAGCUAAGUAAAAAUAUUUUUGAAUUGAAAAAAAAAUUGCAUGGAUCAGAAAAAAUUAAUACUUUACUAAGAAAAGAAAAUGAAGAACUGAAGUACAAUAACAAUUGUGGUUUGCAUGUACAAGAGUUAGAGGAAAAAAUUUCUAAUUUAGAGAGUAAUCUUGAAGAAGCUAACAGGUCAUGUAUGUUCUUCAAAGAGCGGUGGAUAGCAUCUGUGAGAAAAAUAAAUCAAAUGUAUACAAAAUUUCAUGGAACUAAAACUGAUGAUCUUUUACUUAACAAUAAACAAAAUAUUCAAAACAUAUUAACUAACCAAUUAGUAGAACGGCAACAUGACGAAGAAAAAUUAAGAACACUUUUAAAUGAUAUAGGUAAAUUACGGCAUGAUAUGACCAACACUAAUUAUUUGGACUUAUAAAAACUUGAAGUAUAUAAAUAAGUAAAUAAUUGGGUACUUAUAUCUAAAUAGAUUAGUAAAAGACACUUUGUAAAUUAUUUUUUGUGGAUAAUCUUAAUUUUAAUAAACUUGUUAUAUGUACAAUAGAGAAUAAUAUAUUAUGUAUAGUAGUAUUUCAGACUUUCAACUAACUAUUACAAAUAAAUUAUGAAUAAUAAAUUUCUUUUAGCAUAGUGUUCUUGUAUUAAUAAGUUAAAUAAGAUAAAAUCCAAGUUUAAAGUAUUAAAAAUACUAACUAAACUACUUUAUUAAUAUUACGAUAAUUUAUUUUGUUAGUAUCAGGAACCUUAUUUUUAACCCGCUGUUAAUUACGUUGUGUGAAGAAGACUGCACUUUUUUACAUAUUGAAUAAAACAUAUACAUUUUACAUUUUAAUCAUUGAUACUCAAUAUAUCAUUUACAAAUAUUAUUAAAAAUACUAUAGUAAUAUUCUAAGUAAAUGUAACAACUUGGCGACCAAAGGUAUUUUUGAUUACUUAUAUUGCCUGCCACGAGCCUCUAUAUAAUUUGUACAUUCCUGUUUUAUUAAAUAUUAUACAUUAACAUAAACCCUUCUGGUUGUCUCAUGUAAAUUUCUGCGUCCAAAUCUCCAUAUAAAAAGGCUGUUUGAACGUCAAAUUGUCGAAGUCGUAAUUGUUCUGCUGCUGAUAUAGUUAAAUAUAGAUCAAAUUGAAUCAAUCUUUAUUACAGGACUAAAAGCUUCAUUAAAAUCAAUACCGAAUAUUUGUCAUACCCUUUUGGUGCUAACCUAGCCUUGUAUCGAUCAACAUGUCCAUGAACAUUGUAUUUUGUUUUGUACACCCAACCACAAUUUACAAUAGUUCUGUUCUUAGGUAAAUUUUUGAGAGACCUUGUUUUGUUUUGUUCAAGUGAUUCCAUUUCAUCGUUCAUUGCUUCUCUCCAUUUUUCUGAAUUUUGUGACUCCACAGCUUCCUUGAAAUUAGCUGGAUCGGAUUUGACUACGAAAAAUGCUGAAUUAUCAUAACGUAAUGGUUUCUUAAUAUUACUUCUGUCUCGCAAGUUGUAAACGUUGACAUUUGACCCAUUUCCUUGUUCAUGUUCUUGAUUUUCAUUGUCAUCUACACUUAUUGAUUCAAAUUAAUUUUCCAUGACUUCUGAUUUAUUGCUGUGUUUUAAUGAGCCGUCUUUGUGUAAGCUAAGAACAUCAAUGUUAUUACUAUCAUUUAAAUUAUUAGAACAUUCUACAAGUUGGUAAUUUACAACACUUUCAUCAUUGAAAAUGACGUCUCUACUAAGUGACACUUUGUUAUUUUCUUUAUACCAAAUAAGAUACCUUUUUGAAGUUUCUGAAUAUCCAACAAAGUAUCCUUUUCGGCUUUUUACAUCCCACUUCUUUCGUCGUUGUUUUGGAACUAAACUAUAUGCAUUUAUUCCAAAUUCUACGAACUUUUCUAUUUUAGGAAGUUUAUCAAACCACAACUCGUAAGGAGUUUUACAUACUUUCCCUGAAUUACCAGUAUAAUUUAAUGAGAAUACUACUAUAUUGACUGCUUCUGCCUGCAGUGAUUUUGGAAAAUUCUUGUUAUAGAUCAUUGUUCUUGCUGCCUCACAAAUAGUCCUCAUUGAAUGUUCAGCUCUUCCAUUUUGUUCAGGAGUAUAAGGUACACUUGUUUCAUGCUUUAUACCAAGAUGAUUUAGAAUUUAUUGAACUUCGAAAUUCUUAUACCCUAAUCCACAGUCACUUCUAAAUUCUAAUAGUUUUAAUAAUGUUUUUAGUUUGAGUUUUAACCAUACUCAGAAUACAAUUUAGUUUUUCUUUAACCUCAGAUUUAUGUUUCAUAAAAAAGGCAUAAGUAUAUUUAGAAUAAUUAUCUUUAAAGACAAUGAAAUAUCUUUUACCUCCUAAUGAAUUCUCUUCCAUACGUCGCUGUGUAGUAUUUGCCCUGGUUCAGUAGUUAUUGUUUCGCUCUGAGUGAACGUCUCCUUAUGCUGUUUGCCAUAGAUGCAUGGUUCACAGAAUAACUGUCCUUGUAUAUCUAUAAAUUGUAUUUCAUUGUGUUUUAAAUACUCACUAACAUGUUUGACAUCCUGAUUAUAUGUUGACGACUGUCUGUCACCAUUGUAAUUCCUUUAUCAAGGCAUACCCCACAAGAAAAUAAAUUUACCUUUAGAUCAGGUAAAUAUAAAAUAUUUUCUAAGUAGCCUUUUAUCCACUUAUUGUCAACAUAAGUAUGAAUAUUUAUGUUACCUUUUCCGACUGCCAUAAUGUGCUUACCAUCUCCAAUACGUACAGACUAAUGUACAUCAACAUUUUUAUAAUCUAUGAACCACUCUUUCGACUUUUCAUGUGGUUGCUCACACCUGAGUCUACAUACCAUUUGUCUGAGUCGUCGAUUUCUUCAAUUUUUCUUUGUACACCAAUAAGCGCCAAACCGGAAGUUGGUUUAUUUUCUUCUUGUUCCUUUUUGAAUAUCCUGCAGUCCCUUUUCCAGUA